CAACGACAACGUCAGGCGUCAGCUGCCAUUUCCUAAUGUUGGGCACUUGUUUACUGCAUUGCCGCUCUCCAGCAGUCAGCGUCCCCGUCACUAACCGCCGUCGACGAAUCCAUAGCUCUCAAGGGAGGAAGCUCGUUUUUUCUCUAAUGGAAGGCGGAGGACUAAACGAGAACUUCGGCUUUCUGUCAAGGAAACCUUACGUCCCUCCUGAAUGGGCCUCCCAUCUCAGCCCUAUCCCUUCUCACGUCUUCUCCCUCGGACAUUUUCCUACACCUGUCCACAAAUGGAAUCUGCCCAACCUGCCAAAGAAUACAGAGGUGUGGCUGAAGCGUGAUGACCUUACAGGAAUGCAAUUGAGUGGAAACAAGGUCAGAAAACUAGAAUUUUUGAUGGCAGAUGCCAUACAACAUGGUGCAGAUUGUAUUAUAACAAUAGGAGGCAUCCAAAGCAACCACUGCCGAGCAACAGCUGUAGCAGCAAAGUACUUGAAUCUUGAUUGCUAUCUUAUACUACGUACAUCCAAGACUCUAGUGGACAAAGAUCCUGGAUUGACAGGAAAUCUUCUGGUAGAGCGUUUAGUGGGAGCACAUGUUGAACUUGUCUCAAAAGAAGAAUAUUCUAAAACUGGGAGUGUGGUUCUCACUAACUUACUAAAGGAAAGGUUAUUAAGUGAAGGGAGAAGGCCAUAUGUCAUUCCUGUUGGUGGAUCAAACUCUCUAGGAACUUGGGGUUACAUUGAAGCAGUUAGAGAGAUUCAACAACAAAUUCAACGGGGACCUGGAAUAAUUGGAUUUGAUGACAUUGUUGUAGCAUGUGGCAGUGGAGGGACCAUUGCUGGCCUAUCCUUGGGAUCAUGGCUGAGUGAUUUGAAGGCAAAAGUUCAUGCAUUCUCUGUUUGUGAUAGUCCUGAUUACUUCUAUGAUUACGUUCAAGGCCUACUUGAUGGACUCCAAGCAGGUGUUAGCUCACGCAAUAUAGUCAGCAUUCAGGAUGCCAAGGGUUUGGGCUAUGCCAUGAACACCACUGAGGAGCUUAAAUUUGUUAAAGAAGUUGCCUCUGCAACAGGGGUUGUUCUUGACCCAGUCUACAGUGGAAAAGCUGCAUAUGGCUUGCUAAAGGACAUGGUUGAGAAUCCAACAAAGUGGGAAGGAAGAAAGGUUCUCUUUGUACACACUGGUGGGCUACUUGGGCUAUUCGACAAGGUUGAACAGAUGGCAUCAAUGGUAGGCAAUUGGCAUCAACUUGAUAUCCAUGAGUCUGUUCCGAGAAAGGAUGGUAUUGGAAAAAUGUUCUAGAGAAGCAAAACAAGCCAACCAACCUUUGCAUGUUUUGACUUUUUUAACAGAUAAACUCGUGUGAAAAAGUCUGUAUUGCACAAUAAGGUGUGUCCCUGUCAUCCAACCGUAUGUAUAUACUGAUCUGUUUAUUUCUUUUUUUUAAGUUUAAUGUAGUUUUUCUUUCUGACGUCUUCUGUUGAGGGCAUUUUGGCAGAUAUUUGGAUGAUCGAGCCAACCUGGCAUUUAGGAAUUUAUACCUUUCACUAUGAAUCUAUGAUCUAUGUUCUUGAACAUAAAGGGUUAAGAUUAGCAUACAUAUACUAUCCUGGA